GCUCAAGCCUUUUCAGUGGUCCGUCCCCUCCGGCCAAGGUAUGCCUCGAUUCAGAGACGAGACUCCUGCAGUGCGCGUUUAUACUGUUUGCGAUGAAUCGAAAUUUUUGAUUGUGAGGAACGUUCCAUCUCUGGGUUGUGGUGAUGAUCUCGCAAAAUUGUUCACCACUUAUGGAGAAGUUGAAGAAUGUAAACCCAUGGAUGCCGAAGACUGUGAACCAUUUACUGAUGUCUACUGGAUCAAGUUCCAAAGGGUAGACAAUGCCAGGUUUGCCAAGAGGAAAUUGGAUGAGUUUGUAUUCCUCGGGAACAGGCUCCAGGUCUCUUAUGCACCUCAAUAUGAGAGCCUAUCUGAUACAAAGGAGAAGUUAGAGGGGAGGAGAAGGGAAGUUCAAACACGAGUAAACUCUCAAAGAUCCAAAAGUUCUGCAAUCCCGGGGCCGGGGCCUGAUGCUGCCAGCAAAUCUAUAAUCACUUCAACCUCUUCACAUAUAACUUCUAAACCAUUAGAAAUUAAUCAAAGUCAGUUCAUGGAGCCACAGGAGACCGCUAAUAAUAGAGAUUCCUCUAUGACUAUAGUAUCAUCUAACAAGGAAUAUUUUUCAUCAGAAUCUAUGAAUCAAACUGUUCGGUUGGUUAGGGAAAAACUAAAUAAGAUACAAUCCAGUGCAGAACAUUCAGAAGCCGGAGCUUCCAAGAAAGUGCGAGUGGACAAUAGGAGGAGAAUUUGACAAGUUUCUGACAAGUGAUGAGAAAAGAAGUUGCUGUUGUUAAUACAAGGUUUCAUGUCUUCCAUCUAUCUCUAUACUAAAAUUGCUAUGCUAGGUUAAUUGAUUUACGUAUAGGGGUGUUAAUGAACAGAGCUUUAGAUAGACUACUCGUGUUUGUAUUUGGUAAGCGUUCGUUUACCUUCGCUUAUUAAGGUAAACGAAUAUAAAUGAACAAAUUUUAGAGCUCGUUUAAUAAACGAAUAGAAUAUGAACAUUUGUAUGCUUGUUUGCUAAGAGCUCGUGAAUGCAUUUGUUAGUGUUCAUUUAAUAAUAUUCAUGGACAUGCUUGUUUAGUGUUCA